AGCCACAUGCUGGAGGACACCAGUGACUGCGAUGUAGAGGAAGACCAGCCCGCUGUCCGUCCACAUUCUGCGGCUUUUUCGGAUCAGAAUCGGUCGGGGAUAGACCGAGAUCGAGACCAGACCGAGACCUGUGUUUUAUUUAGAGGCUGGAGUUCUCUGAGCUUCAAAUGCGGAUGAGCAGUCGUCUGCUGCGAUGUUAACCCAGAGCUGAAACUACAGAUCCUCGGGCUCUGAUACAUGACAGCAAACACCGGUCAUGGAGUUCAACAAUUUGGUGACCUUGUGGAUAUUUUGCUUGUGUCUCAUUGGGGAAAGUUGGACGGACAAACCAAGUUCACCCACACCGGACAGUCAGGCUGUUGAAAAUGGGGUGUCAGGUUUUUGUGGCAUUGAUGAGCCACUAUGCAAAGAUGAGAACGCCGCUCUCAGCUUCGAGGCCAUACGUAAUAUCCACAAGCAGAUGGAUGACGAUGCAAACGGCAACGUAGACGUGUCGGAGACAGACGGCUUCCUGAGAGAAGAUUUAAACUACCACGACCCAAAGGGCAAGCACAACAGCUUUCAUGGGGACGACCAGUUCAUCAGUGUGGUGGACUUGUGGAACGCAUGGAAGGGCUCUGAAGUGUACAACUGGACGGUGGAUGAGGUGGUGGAAUGGCUCAUCACGUACGUGGAACUUCCACAAUAUGUCGAAGCAUUUCGCAAGAUGUGUUUUAACGGGAGUGCCAUGCCAAGGCUCGCCAUAAAGAACACCACUCUGACACUCUCUAUUCUGAAGAUCCUGGAUCGCAGCCAUGUGCAAAAGUUGCAGCUCAAAUCUUUGGACACUGUGUUGUUUGGCGCACCGCUGAUGAAUCGACACAACCACUUGAAGGACUUCAUGCUGGUGGUGUCAAUAGUCAUUGGCAUGGGUGGCUGCUGGUUUGCCUACAUCCAAAACCGCUACUCCAAGGACCACAUGAAGAAGAUGAUGAAGGACCUGGAGGGCCUGCAGAGAGCUGAGCAGAGUCUGCAUGACCUACAGCAGAAGCUGCAGAUCGCACAGGAGGAGCACCGUACGGUAGAAGUGGAGAAGGUCAACCUUGAGCAGAAGCUGACGGACGAGAUCAUCACAGCCAAGCAGGAGGCUCAACGCCUGCGAGAGCUCCGAGAGGGCACAGAGAACGAACUGAGUCGCCAGAAGUAUGCUGAAGAGGAGCUGGAGCAGGUGCGCAUGGCAUUGAAGAAAGCAGAGAAGGAGCUGGAGUCACGGAGCAGCUGGUCACCACCCGACUCUCUGCAGAAGUGGCUGCAGCUCACCCAUGAGGUGGAGGUGCAGUACUACAACAUCAAGAAGCAGAAUGCUGAACGGCAGCUCCUGGUGGCCAAAGAAGGGGCCGAAAAGAUCAAGAAAAAGAGAAACACUCUCUUCGGGACUUUCCAUGUGGCUCACAGCUCCUCCUUGGAUGAUGUGGACCACAAAAUACUGGCAGCCAAACAAGCCCUGGGCGAGGUGACGGCUGCUCUGCGAGAGAGGCUUCACCGCUGGCAGCAGAUAGAGAUCCUCACAGGUUUCACCAUCGUAAACAACCCCGGCCUUCCUUCUCUGGCCUCGAGCCUCAACCUGGAUGCCAGCUUCAUGGGCGGCAGAGCCCCGCCUCAGCACUUCAUGUCGGACGACGUGGACGACUUGGACGAGGGCAUCGUGCCUGGAACUCUGCAAUCUCCCAGUAUGAUGUCCCUGCGCCAACGCCACAUUGACCCCCAGCUGGCCAUGGGCUCCCAGAGGUUGGUAGAGAGUUGCCUGUUGGCAGGGCAGCAGGGCGAGGGAUCCCCAUACCCAUCCAGAUCUAGGCCCCCUCCCAUGCAGUCCCGCAGCCAGUCGUUCCACCACCUCGAUUGUCUCCCUCCGUCUCCUCUGUCCUCGGCCGUGUCUCACCCCUCCAUCAUUUCUGCCUCCAGCCUAAACCCUCAGUCGCUCUCCUCCUUGUCCUCCUCUUUCUCCUGCUUGCACAGCUCUGUGGGCGGCGCUGCAGCCCCACAUUCCUCCCAUUAUUAUCAUACUUCUUUCCAGCCCAUGGACACCAUUCCUGAUUUCACCUUCUCAGAUGUCUCCCAAGCAUACGGUGACAGCUACGGGUACCCAUCUCUUUCCAGUUUCUCCACACACAUGGCAUGGACCUAAACCGCUCUGACUCUGACUCCUCCCUGUCACUGUCUCAAGUUGGUGAUCGGCUAUCUGCAUACAGCUCCAAAGGCCACCUAAUUAAGCCUACUUCUCUCAUGCACGGCAUCUCCAACCGAUCAGAAGAUACCGUCUCUCUGCACAGUCAGACCCCGAACGGAGGAAACCGCAUUCACGAGGCCAGUCCUGGAGAGCCCAGCCCCGACAGUCCUAUACUCAUGAAGAGGGUGUACGGCAUGCAGGAGUCUCCCAGCCUGGGAGAGAUCAACAGCCUGUCAGAGUCAUCCCGCUCCCUCAGCCCCAACUCCACUGAACCCGACACGCCGUCACCCACAGGAGGAGGGCAGCCCGGGGUCGUGGGGGUAAAGGGCGGCGGCGGCUCCCGCAUCCCGCAGCUGUCCGCUAAGAAGAGCCCCCUGGAGGAGGACAGUGGCUCUACGGGAGAAGACACAGAUUCCACUGCCAGCCGCAAGAAACACACCUUCAAGAUCUUCAAGAAACAGAAGAAAUAAGGGCUACAUGAACUACAGGCUGUACAAGCUGUUUGACUGAAUUCCUCUGGUUGGUCUUUGGAAACAAGUUUCUAAGUUGGUCUAAGGAUGGCACACAUUGCUGCCAUUGCAUCUUCUUGUAGGUACAACACCUACUCUGAGGAAGUGGACUGUGGGAAGAACCAGCUGUUCAGUUUUAUCUGCUUAUUUGGUCAGCGUUGAAUAUGUGGGGAAUGGGUAGGUUUGUAUAUUGGAAUGUAAAGUAUUAUUUAUUCUGCAGGAAAUUUGUGCCAGUCUCAAAGGGAAACGUGUCUCCCGGUUGGUUUUUCUUUCUUGUUCUACGAUCUAUAACAUUUUGCAUGUCUUCACUUUUGUUUGACUGAUACUCGAAUGCUCUUAGUGUUUGCUUGGUUCUUGUCGUUAACCUGCUUAGACGACACUUGAUGUUUUGUUGAUUACUACCUAACCACCUAGCCUACAAAACCCAAAGUGAAUGCGCACACCUUUUUUUUCUUUUCUCUGAGUACUUUCUUUUCAAUGAUGGUUACAAACUUUUCUGUCUUAUGUUGUCUUCUUCUUCUUCUUCUUCUUGGCAGAGCUAAUGAGGCAUUAAGUAGAUCCUCCAACAAAAGAGUGGGAAGCUCUUUAGCAUUUAUUCUGAUUGUACUUAGCCUCUCCAAAGUGUCUGACACAGCUCAGCCAAAGAAGCUGCUUGGUGGGACUUGUAUUUUCCUGAAGUGAAAAACAACAGAGAUUAAAAAGGCUUCAAAAUAAUGUUUAACCUUAAAUAAUCUGAGUGCAGAAAUGACAUCAGCUUUAAGAGAGUAAGACAAGAGGUGAAUCUCCUCACUAAAUGACAAGUUACACAAGUUACCCACUUAUUAUCAGCUUUAGACCUUCUGCUUUAUUUUUAGGAUUUAGGGUUGAGUGCAUGUGAGCAUGAGCGAGUGAGAGAAAACGCUGCAGCUUUUUAGAAAUGUCUGUAAGGCUAACCUUGCUAUACUGAACAACUCCACCAAAACAGGAUGUGAACACAUAUCAGGGCUAAAGCAUCCGGGUGGGAUUCAAGUAUCUGUUUAAUUUAAGGCAGCGAUGUUACCAAACACAGACUUACCAAAACUGUACAAUUAGAAUACCAAGGAAUGAAAGACAACACAGUGUUAUCUGAUGUUGUAUUGAACUCAAAGAUGCAGAUACACUUUGGAAAAAGUGAGAAUUAUGUACCCUAAUUAUAGAUUAUUUAAAGGCAGACAUAUCUGAAGUGUUAUUCAAAACAAUCAAAGAAGAAACGGACACGUUUUCAAAAGUUACACUCAGUCGAUGUGAUCUUGAAUAAAGUUCCUUCCACCAAAUGUUGAUUUAUUAAAUUGGGUGUGAGCUCGGUUUCGAUUUUGGCUUCUGCUACUGUCCGUCUUAUUGUUUUGUUUCUGUUACAGUGAUUGUUUAGGUGGAUGAAGGAAGCUUCUGUGCAGUUAGUGCGCAUGGGAUGACGGGGUGAGUUCUGGUAAGGGCUAUAGUUACAGAGCGAACACUUUUGCUCCCUAUGAGGGAAAACUCUCCUCUUUGUAAUCCACCUUUGUUUGGAAGAUUCAGCUUGACAAGUUGUGGAAGCAGAAGUCAGAGUGCCAAACCUCCUUUUUUUUCUUUUGUCUGAGGCCUUUGUAUUAGUGCAUUUGCCCUUUGACCCCCCCUCUCACACAGAACACAAAACAACAGGAUAUACAUACAGUCUACAUGUAUACCCUGAAAACUGAAUGUCCACAGUAUGUUUACAUUUGUUACAGAUGAAUAUUAUCCUCAGAUUACAUUGUGCCAGAUGUAAUAAUGAAAGCCUCAUACGAGCACAGAACUAUGCAUCAGUAGUUGUAGGUGAUUAUUUAAGUAUGGGAACGCCGGUACAUGUAGGGCGUUCCUGAUCGACGAACAACCAAAAGUGCUGCAAAAGACACAGUGGGCCUCCCCCAGCCUCAUAAUGUAACAGGUGGUUUGGAUGAGUCAAAAAAUGUUACAAUACUUUAUUUUAGCAACCAGUUUAAAAAAGAAAAAGAUAAAUUUCCUACUGGUCCUUUUGUAAAGUGUUAUUUGUACCUCUUUUGCACGACAGAGCUGUAAAAGAAUGAUGCUGUAUGAACGUGUGAGAGCGUGUGAGUGCGUCUGUCUGCUCCCAGUAUACUGCACUGUAAUGUUGAUGCAUGUCAACUGCUGUAACGAAACCUAUAUUGGGUUAAAAAAGAGUGGAUCAGUUUAAACUCUUAUCUUCCCCCUACCCUUCUUUUUCUUUCUCUUUAUUUCGGGCUUCUAUUUAUGAAAACCUGCAGUAUAUUUGUACAGAGAAAAUGAUAAUUUUGCAUCUUCUGUGAUGGUCUAGACUUUUAUGGCACUCCUGCAUGAUAGCAAUAAACUAUUUUGAACGAAA